AUGGGUCUACUUCUGAACCGAGCUAACGAGGCUCUCGACGUCAACCCACCCCCACCAGUGGUAGAGCGGUUGAGCGUAAACGGUUCCAACUGGCUCUGGGCCGUCGUCGCCAUCUACACAUUGUUCUUCCUCGGCGUGUAUGCCAUGUCCUUCAAACCCAGGGGCAAUGAGAAGAUCUUCCACUACCUCCUAAGCAUCGCUCUCCUCGUCGGCGCCAUCACCUACUUCGCCAACGCUUCUGAUCUCGGCUGGUCCCUCGUGUCUGGACGCCAAAUCUUCUUCACCAAGUACAUCAACUGGGUUGUCUCAUUCGCCGUGGUGAACAUCCUCCUCGGCCUCGUCGCUAACAUGUCCUGGGCCACUAUUGUCUGGAACAUUUUCCUCUCCUGGGUCUGGGUCAUUAGCUACCUCGUCUCUGCCUACACUUCGUCUGACUACAAGUGGGGCUUCUUCGCUUUCGGCACCGUCGCCUACCUUGCCUUGGCCGUCUCGACCUUCACCCAUGGCCGCGUCGGUGCCAGACGUGUGGGCACUGCUGGCGACUACUGGAUCCUCGCUGGCUACUUCAACCUUUUGUGGCUUCUUUACCCCAUUGCCUUUGGUGUCUCUGAGGGAGGCAACACCAUUGGCGUCACCCCUCACUUCAUCUUCUUCGGCAUCUUGGAUAUUUUCAUGAUCCCCUUCGGUGCCGUCCUCUUCCUUAUCCUUUCCAGGAAGUGGGACUACAACGCCCUGAACCUCUACUUCACCCAGUACGGCCGUGUUCCCCAGGGCGGUCACUUCCCCGAGAAGUCGGCUGUUCCCGCUCCCGGCCCCGGCCCCGCUCCCGCCGCCACUCCGGCAACAACUGCUGCUGUCUAA